GUAGAUUACGGAGCCGAUACUCAGGUAUAUAAAGCUUCUCAAAGUAGGACAGUAAUCCCAAGGUCGUCGAACUUCGCCUCGUCAGCAUGUUCCUCCUGUCUUUUGCCCUCAGCUUUGCCUCUGUCGCUUUGGCUAGCCCUCACCAUAAGAGAGCAGGUGAACUCGUUGUUGAGCUCUCAGGGCCCUCCGGCAGCGUGAACUCUGCAGACCUCGUUCUUACUGCGUCCAUCACCAAUACAGGCAGCGAGGAUGUCAAAGUGCUCAAGUAUGGCACGAUCCUUGACGACCUUCCCACUCGUUCUUUCGUUGUGACCAACGAUGCCACCCAAUCCCAAGUGCCGUUCACCGGUGUCAAGUUGUCCGUGUCCAUGGACAAUAGUCCAGAAGCGGCGUACACUACUAUUGCAAGUGGUCAGACCGUCAACGUCACUCAUGAUGUUUCGGCCAUCUACGACUUCGGAGAAACCGGAAAGUACACGUUCACUCCUAUUUCUUCUUUCCGAGCUGCUGCUCCUGGUGUUUCGCUUGCGGACAUCAGCAGUCUUUCCAAGGUGUCCGCAGACAGCAGUUCCAUCGGAGUUGAAAUUUCUAGUGUCACCAAGCGUGAACUGCAGUCCAAGCAUGAAAGUCGUUCCAGCGAUGUUCAGGUCCUCGACAAACGUGCUGUCGUUUCCUGCUCAUCCUCUUCGGAGUCUAGCUUUAUAUCUGCAAGUUACACUGAGGGCAAGGCACUUGCUUCUCUUAGCUCAUCCUAUGUCAGCUCCAACGGUGCGAGUGACAGCUUGUAUCGAUCCUACUUUGGCUCUACAGCCACAUCAACGGUCAUCCGUGUCUUGAACGCCGUUGCUUCUGAGUCGUCCUCCUCUCGCACACUGAGUUGCACUGACGCAUACAAUGUUUGCGACGGUAACGUUAUCGCGUAUACCGUCAUUUCUACCACCGAUAUUUAUUUCUGCGAUAUCUUCUUUGACGAAGUUCCCAGCACUUCGCUAUGCUCUGGGACAACUGUGGCUGCCCGUAACGUCCGUGGUGGUACCACUUUGCACGAGCUUCAGCUCACACACGCUGUUGCUGACACUGAUGAUAUCACCUACGGCUGUUCUGCUGACCAGGCACUUUCCGAUUCCCAAUCAGCCAUCAAUGCUGAUAACUACAACUGCUUCACUACCCAAGUCUAUCAAAACGAGGAAUGUUGAUCAACAAUUGUUUCGUCUUCAUUGGCUGCUCGGGGGUACGCGAUACGAGAAUCAAUC